AUGGUUCCUCCUCCUGCUGAAAUCCGUAGAAAAUUAGUCAUUGUUGGUGACGGUGCUUGUGGUAAGACAUGUUUGUUGAUUGUGUUCUCCAAGGGUACCUUCCCUGAAGUCUACGUCCCUACUGUUUUCGAAAACUACGUCGCUGACGUCGAAGUCGAUGGCAGAAAGGUUGAAUUGGCAUUAUGGGAUACUGCUGGCCAAGAAGAUUACGAUAGAUUGAGACCUUUGUCCUACCCAGACUCCAACGUCAUUUUGAUCUGUUUCUCGGUGGAUUCUCCUGACUCGUUGGAUAACGUCUUGGAAAAGUGGAUCUCCGAAGUUUUACAUUUCUGUCAAGGUGUUCCAAACAUCUUGGUCGGUUGUAAGUCCGACUUGAGAAACGACCCAGCCACCAUCGAACAAUUAAGACAACAACAACAACAACCAGUUUCUACAUCUGAAGGUCAAGCUGUGGCCCAAAAGAUCGGUGCAUUUGACUACAUGGAAUGUUCUGCUAGAACCGGCCAAGGUGUUAGAGAAGUUUUCGAAGCUGCCACCAGAGCUUCCUUGAAGACUAAGGAGAAGAAGGAAAAGAAGAGGAAAUGUGUUGUUUUGUAA